AUGGGGAGGGUGGGAGAUGAGAAAACAGGGAUGAGUGGAAGCAAAACAGAGGACGUAUCAGAGAGACAGGAAGACUACAGCUUACAGAAGGCUGGAUGCCUGAUGUUUAACUGAGGAACAUGCAGAAGGCGGGAAGGACAACGUAUAAAAGAAAAACUGUCAGUUAGAGGUGCAAAUCACUGCAGCAAACGUGCUUGCAUCUUUAGCGUCGGAGCGCUGGGCUCUGGGGAGCGGGGAAGGGCUCUUCAUACAGGAGCAUGACAGCCUGGCUCGGUGGUGUUGCUGCAGCGGGAUGGACCGAGUCUCAUUCGUUCUAGAAGGAAAUACAUAGGCCGUUGCAGCUCUCAUCAUCCACUAUGCGCAGGGAUCGAGAGCAAGCACAUGGAAUUGCGUGCCAUCGUCAACAACACAGCAGAACUCUUCGUCCCCACAGCGACAGCACAUCUAGCUUUGAUAACAUUAGCCCGGGCAACAGCAGAGAUAUUAGGUAGCGUAGGUUAAAUUGUAGUUUUAGUCAAAGCUACAGGAAAAACAGUUUAGCUGAACAACAGCAGUAGUGCAUUUGUUGCAUGCAUUUUAUUAAACAAGGACCUUCUGCUCUGAUAUAGAUUUAGUUUUUUCUUUUAACUUAAUGAUAAUUUAAUUUUUUUUGUAGCAGCAGCUCUCAAGUAUAAUGUCUGCAUAUAAUUUGGUAGAUUAUGGGCGGUAUAUAGUUGUUGUUAGAGUUUAUUGAAGUUUGUGGUUGGUAUGGUGAGGAGAGCAAAUGCUCUAACCGGAUUGGCUGAUGAAGGCCUCCUGGAUACGACUGCUGAAACGAGCAACAGGAAACCGAGUCAAGAACAACAUUGGCGGUUCUGCGGACUCAUACACUAGUCGGCCAUCGGACUCGGAUGUGUCUCUGGAGGAAGAUAAAGAGACCUUACGCAGAGAAGCUGAGAGACAGGCUCAGGCUCAGCUCGAAAAGGCCAAGACUAAACCAGUGGCAUUUGCAGUACGUACUAAUGUUGGCUACAGCGCCUCCUUUGAAGAUGAUGUCCCUGUGCCUGGAAUGGGAAUCUCAUUUGAGGCUAAAGAUUUCCUUCAUGUUAAAGAAAAAUUUAAUAACGACUGGUGGAUUGGUCGCUUGGUGAAGGAAGGGUGUGAUAUCGGUUUUAUCCCAAGUCCAGUGAAGCUUGAAAGCACUCGCAUCCACCUGGAGCAACGUGCAAAACAAGGAAAAUUUUACUCAAGUAAAUCAGGAGCAAACUCUUCAUCUAGUUUAGGAGACAUGGUUUCAAACUCACGUAAAUCAACCCCUCCUUCCUCAGCUGUGGACAUAGACGCUGCAGGGUUAGAUCCAGAGGAGAGUGACCCUCCUCCCCAUCAGCGUUCUCCCAAAGCCAGCCCAAACACAGUAAUAUCCCCUUUAGCCCGCGAGAAACGAAUGCCUUUCUUUAAGAAGACAGAGCAUAUUCCUCCGUAUGAUGUGGUGCCCUCUAUGAGACCAGUGGUGCUAGUUGGACCCUCCCUCAAGGGCUACGAGGUUACAGAUAUGAUGCAGAAAGCGCUGUUUGACUUUCUGAAGCACCGCUUUGAGGGAAGGAUAUCAAUCACAAGGGUAGCUGCUGAUAUUUCUCUGGCUAAGCGCUCUGUGCUGAACAACCCCAGUAAACAUGCCAUCAUUGAGCGGUCAAAUAUACGCUCCAAUUUAGCGGAGGUACAGAGUGAGAUAGAGAGGAUCUUUGAGCUGGCUCGGACAUUGCAGCUGGUGGUUCUUGACGCGGACACAAUAAACCACCCAGCCCAACUGGGAAAAACUUCUCUUGCACCUAUUAUUGUCUACAUCAAGAUCACCUCUCCAAAGGUUUUGCAAAGGUUAAUAAAAUCUAGAGGGAAGUCCCAGGCAAAACAUCUCAAUGUACAAAUGGUGGCAGCAGACAAACUGGCCCAGUGCCCUUCAGAGCUUUUUGACAUAAUUCUUGAUGAGAAUCAGUUGGAAGAUGCCUGUGAGCACAUGGCUGAUUACCUGGAGGCCUACUGGAAGUCCACUCAUCCUCCCAGUGUCACUCAGACAAACCCUCUGCUAGAAAAGCUUACCACAGUGGCUGCAGCUGCCGUGGCCUGCAAGGAAACACUGUCUAAUCCACAAUUAAAGGGCACAGGCGUUGACCAGAAAGCAGAUCGACCAGGCGACAGGACGGCCUUUUAUGAAAACUCUCAUUAUCAUCAUCAUCAAGGAAGUUUGGAAGAAGACGACAUUGAGGAGAGAAAUGCUAAAGACCAACAACCAUUACAGAGUGAAUGGAGAAGCCGUCACAAACAUCACCAUUCCUCAUCCACACGGACUGAACAACACAGUCAUCAUCAUCAUAACCGCCACCAUCACCACCAUCACAAUCGGGCGAGGCGGACAUUUUCCAAACAAGAGACGUUAGAGUCCACGUAUCCCGAGCCUAUUGCUGGACACACACAGACUCACGAAGAUGCGCACUCGCAUCCGCAUCACCUCGAAGAGGAACUGGACCCUUCGAUUCAGCCAAACCAUCAUCACCAUCACCAUCAUCGCGGGGACAAAGAGAAGGAAUAUGACCACAAUGAGAGGAACUGCCGGCAAAGAGGAAAGCAGAGAUCGCAAAGAGAACAUCAUCACGAGAGGGACAGGAAGCGAGGCGAGGCGGAAUGGGCGAGAGAGCAUUACAUAGAGCAGUGACACAAACACACACACAAAUACAACCGUGCCACACACACUCCACUGCUGACCUCUUCCAUGGGCUUUGAUUGCCUCACGUCAAUGUUAUGUGUUUUUACAGGAUGUAAUGUAUAUGACGUGUAUCCAUACAAGUUUUUUUCAAGUGUGGACAAAUUAAAGACAAUUAUAUAUUAAUUUAAUAUGGCAUGAAUGAAAUUUUGUCUUUUUUUAAAGGUUGCCUAUUUAUUUUUAUCUUCGCAUUCCUGGUCUUAUUGAAUGAAUCAUAGGUGCACGUUAUUCCAAAGAAAAUGUUUGUUUGUAAUUGUUUUUAAAAUCAAACUUGCUCUGCCUCUGACACGAAUUUUGUUUUCAGCUGAUGUCACGUGAGUAGCAGUUUUAAAAAUUAACGCAAGGAAAAAUGCCAGCAAAAGUGACAAAAAUGGCUAAAUGUUUUUUGUUUUUUUUUUGUAUCUGAUAUAUUCCCUAAAAUUAUUUUUAUUAUUAUUAUUAUUUUGCUGUUUGUUGAAUAUUCUUUUCUCCCAUAAAGAUGUCACAUUACAGAAGUAAAAUGUGUUGUGAAUGUCAUUUCAUGUUGAAUUCUCAACUGAAUCUUCACUGCUGUUUUUGCGUAGUUCUAAAACAAAAUAGGAUAUUUAUUUUGUUGUGUGGAUGUCAUUUAGAAUUGUUAUUUAAUGGUAAUUAUUUGUGUGUUAAUGUUGCAAAGGUGUGUAUUGCCUUGCUUAUAGGAUAAAGACAUUAGAAAAAUGA